AUGGGAUCAAGAACCUCAACAAAACCCAAAUUUUCUCUCUCCAUGAUCAACCUUGUGUGCUACAUCCUGACUGCCACCGCCGCCGCCGCCGCCUGCGACACUUGCACCACUUCUUCAUUUCCAUCAUCCCUAACACUACCGGAAAGUAACAGCGGCUCCGGCCAAGGUGGCCAGCCGCCGGAAAAGUGCCCAAUGGAUGCAGUGAAGCUAGGUGUAUGCGCCAAUCUACUUGGUGGGUUGGUCAAAGUUGUGAUCGGCCGAGACCCUCCGACGACCACCCCUUGCUGCAGUCUGUUGGCUGGGCUGGUUGACUUGGAGGCGGCGCUCUGCCUUUGCCUCGCCGUUAAAGCCAAUGUUCUCGGAAUUGUCAAUCUCAACGUCCCUCUUUCUCUCUCUCUUCUCCUUAAUGCUUGUGGAAGAACUCCACCAAUUGGCUUCACUUGCUCUUAA